AUGUGUAUUCAAAGAUGCAACCAAAGGAAUGUCGAGUUGCUCCUAGUUUUGCAAAGCUUGCUACAAAAUCAUAGUCGUAACAUAGCUUUGUUUGUGGAAUGUAACGGCAUGACGCUGUUUCAAAGAGAGUUCCUACAACAUGACAUGUGCCUACAGCUGCUAGCCACCAUAGUACAGAGUUCCAGUGAAGCGGCUACAUUCAUCGUCAACACGGACAUUUGUCAACAACUUCGAGAUUUCCUACAACGUUACGGGCCACAAUCACCGCCAUGGUCGUCGAAACUGUGGGAGAGCCAAGCUUCGGCACCAAUGGGUCGGCUCGACCGGAGUGAUACCACGGCUUCACAGAAUACCGACGUGAAACAACCACAGCGUUGUGUUUCGCCGUGUGAGUGA